UACGUUCGGAGGCGUAAACAUAGAGGGGCGGAGACUUUGAAAUUUAGAAGGUUUGCCAAAACUCUCUCUCUCUCCAUCUCACACACACAAGUUUCCAGAAAGUCGCAGAGAUUAGGGUUUUCUUUCUCCAACUCUCAAGACUCACUCUCUCUCUCUCUUCGCCGAUAUAGAAAACCCUAGACCUUCGAAAGAUACGAAAAACCAAUGGAUGAAGGCGACGGGGUCGAUCAGAUGGAUCAGUUCCACCGCAACGAGGCGAUCUCGGCGGUGGCCGACGAUGGAUUUUUGGCCGAGGAGGACGAUGAUUAUGAGGACCUUUACAACGACGUCAAUGUCGGCGAGGGGUUUUAUCAGUCUAUGAGAAAGAACGAGGAUUUAGGGUUUAGGAAUGAGGUGGCGGAGGAGAAGAAGGUUGCGGUUGAGUCACCCGAUGUUGCGCCGUCGGAAUCUCAAGGUGGUCCGAUACCGGGUGUUGGGGGCGGUAACGGCGAGGGGACUGGUGGGGAUGGGGGUGAUGGAGGGGUUAGGGGUUCUGGGUAUAAUAAUCAGAAUCUUGGGUUUAGAGGGAACGAGAUGAGUGCGAAGGGGAGUGGUGGGUUGGGGCCCCUUGGGGGCAGCGGAGGAGGUGGGAUUAGGGUUGAAUUAGGGCAAACAUCAAAUAAGGUGAAUGAGUUUGAGCAACAAAGUGGGAAUAAUAGUGGUGUUGGGGUUCAAGGGAUUGUUUCUCAGCAGCUGCUGCCCCAAUUGCAACAACACCACCAACCACAACCUCCACCACAACAGCAACAAUUACAUGGUGCUGCUGCUGUUGGGAAUAUGGGGAAUGAGGGCAUGUUGAGACAAGCUGGUGGUGUUGGAAGUGGUAAUAUGAAUGGGAUUGGUGGGAAUAGUGGUCCGGGAGGAGGAUUUGGUGGUGCCGCUGGUGGUGGAGCUGGGACAAUAUUGUUUGUGGGUGAUUUGCAUUGGUGGACUACGGAUGCAGAGCUGGAGGCAGAGUUGUGUAAGUAUGGACCUGUGAAGGAAGUGAAGUUUUUCGAUGAGAAAGCAAGUGGGAAGUCAAAAGGGUACUGUCAGGUUGAGUUUUUUAAUCCUAAUUCUGCCACGGCCUGCAAGGAAGGGAUGCACGGGCAUGUGUUUAAUGGGCGGCCAUGCGUUGUUGCGUUUGCAUCACCAUUCAGUGUUAAGAGAAUGGGGGAGGCUCAAGUAAAUAGGAACCAGCAGGUUGCCCAAACUGCAGUACCUCAAACUGGUGGGAGGAGGGGGCCCAACGAAGCCGGGAAUAAAACUGGUGGGAGUAACAUUGCGACUGGCGGGAAUUAUCAAGGUGGGGAGAGUAAUAGAGGUUAUGGGAGAGGUAACUGGGGGAGAGGUAAUUCUCAGGGUAUGGGAAAUAGAGGACCAGUUGGUCCAAGGAAUAGGGGUGUGAUUGGAAGGGGUAUAAUGAGUAAUGGUGGAAAUGGGUUUGGGCAAGGUAUUGGUGCAACCCCUCCUAUGAUGCACCCUCAGUCAAUGAUGGGUCAGGGUUUUGAUCCUGCUUUUGGUGCUCCAAUGGGGAGAAUGGGAAAUUAUGGAGGCUUUCCUGGUGCUCCUACGCCUCCUUUCUCAGGAAUUUUGUCUUCAUUUCCACCUGGGGGUGUUGGGCUACCUGGAGUAGCCCCUCAUGUGAAUCCUGCAUUUUUUGGAAGAGGAAUGCCCAUGAAUGGAAUGGGAAUGAUGCCCACAUCAGGUGUUGAUGGGCCUAAUAUGGGGAUGUGGUCCGAUCCUAAUAUGGGUGGAUGGGCUGGUGAAGAGCAUGGUGGUGGCAGAGUUGGGGAGUCUAGUUAUGGUGAGGAAGCUGCUUCUGACCAUCAAUAUGGUGAGGCUAGUCAUGAUAGAGGAGGUGCAUGGCCAAAUGCCAUGAAGGAGAAAGAUAGAGGUUCAGAGAGGGACUGGUCUGGAUCUUCUGAUAGAAGGUAUCGGGAUGAUAGAGAUCAGGGAUAUGAGAGAGAUGUGCCUAGAGAGAAGGAGGUGGCUCAUGACCAUGACUUAUCUGAAAGAAGGUAUCGUGAUGAUGUUGAUGUUAGUCGAGAACGGGACAGAAAUCGUGAUAGGUGGUCCAGAAUUGAUUCACCAAUGGCAUCCUCUUCUCGUAGAUUUCUUUAUCUGCUUCUGUGUUAA